AGUUUCUGUACAAAAAUUCGAAAAGAGUUCAUUCGGCUUCUCGGUAGUACCAGUGUUAAUGGCCUCGUUAUCACUCUUGCGAAAGAUGAAUUAGUUCGAGCUGUAGGCACGCGGCACAACAAUGCCGCGACAAUGGACGUCCACCUGCUUCUCCGGGAGUCACGCACCGUGAUAACGUCCCAUGAAAAUCUAGCAACGAAAGCGAAACCGUCGGGUCCAAUUAUACCUGUGGCUCGUCGUCUCGUGACGACCCGAAGCAACGGGUUGAACGGGCUAUAUAUUCCAGGAGCCGUCUCGACGUCGUUCAGUUUCCCCGAAAGCGACGCGUCCGCCAAGUUUUUUCUAUUUUCCGCGUUCCAUCUAUCGAAAUGAUGGUGUUAAACGCUUGGGACCUGAUCAUUCUGCUGAUGUCCUCCGUGGCGGUUGUUAAGGGCAGCCCAAAGUACAACGAUGGAGGAUUUAUACCGAGUUCCAUGAUCUUCUUGGAAAGGGAUCCAAAGUCCCAGGAUCAAGUAGCCAUGCCGUCCCACGUGGAUCCACGGGCAGAGACGUCGACCAAGCGCAGCGACUCCGAGACGAACGACAUUACGGAUCGCAGCCAGGAACCUCGAUUCGGUUUUACAAGCGUUGGCAGCACAGGAACUGGUUACGGAGUGUCGUCUGUCGCCCCCGCGAAGAUAGACUUAGGCGGCCUACUUCUAGGCGCCAUCAUAGGGGUAGGCUCCAUCUUGAUCAUUCCCAAACUGCUCUACGUCCUCUCUGGCACCUACGGCCAGUACGCGAGAAGCGAAGAAAAUGGCGUCUCGCAGAUUGUGACGAAACUGGACGACGUCCUGGCUCGACACGGGAUAGACACCACGUCCUGCAUGCAACGGGCCGUGUGCACUUAUUCGCAGCAGGCCGCGUUGUCCAUGAAGGAAGCGAACAGGUUGAACGACGAGGAGCAAGCGUCGUCGUUCGACCGUAUGGUCGACACGAUAACGACGAAUCAAAUCUUCCGCACGGCCAUGGAAGGCACAGCGAUUCAGGAAGCGGUGGAGGCUGGCCGAUCAGGUCGAAAUUGUCCACGAACGUAUCCUCAUUGCGGCUUCUCUAUGGAGACUAUGUUGUCUUUGUUAUCGAACGUGAUUACUGCGGCUGCGAGCAUUAAUACAGCGUCGACAACAGCGCCUAGUGGACCUGGACCGGUGUAACUGAUUGUAGCAUGCGCGAGUAGAAUGCUCUGAUUAACGCUAUUGAGAAGAUAACAAAUGAUCCUCUGAGGAAUUAUUAAAGAAAUUGUUUUCACUAUACGCAAACUGAACUAGAAAUCAGUCGACACCUCAGUAGAUGUACUUUUGGAGUUUCUAUACAAAAAUUAAGAAAAGUCAAUUUGCUCGGCAGUUCUAGUGUUAAAGGCAACAGCUUAAAGAUUAACCCUGCUGUGUUGUUCGGGUCUAUUUGUUCCAAUGAUAUUUUCAUUUUCUCAACACUGUUCAUUUGAUGUUUUCUAAUGUAUUCAAGUUCUCAUCUUGUCGGGGAUGUAUUUCAAUUUGAGAACAAGAUAAUUAGACUAUGCAUUUGUACUAUUCUAGUGAUGUGUCGAAUGUACAGGAAAAGUUGAGAACUACAUCAGGGUUGAAGGCUUAACACAUUACAGGCCGAUCAUUGAAAGGUACAAUUUAAGUCUGCGCGUUUGUGCUGUAUUGGUUUUUUUUCUGUUGAACAACUGCAUUUUUCUAAAACACAAUUAGAUGGUAAAUAAUACUAGAAACGUCAUUGGUCUUUAAUGUGUUAAGCGAGCUUCUGGCAAUGACCGAUUACUUCCUUGAUGUUUCCUCCAUGAUGAAGGAAACAUUAACGCCAUAGGACGAGACGCGACUUAAGCGUGUUAACGUAUGGUUCCAUUUGAAUAGUUUGUUAGAUCGUAGGGAUUGACCAGUUCCUGUGAGGAAUCAUCUAAUUUAGGAUGGUAAGCGAAGUGAACGAUUAACUAAUUAAAAACUAGAGCCGCGAUGUAUCUCUGUAUGUUGCUCUCUUUUAUUUUAUCAUUCGUUACACGCGUGAGUUUUGAUAGGCGUGGUCGUGUACCACGCGUCGUAUCUCCGCGUGUUAUCGGUACAGAUGAUAAUAGAGAAAUAGUAACUCUAGAACAUUCUUCUUGCGAUUUCGUGCUUCGUUGAAGGUCUACUGUAUCUCCUUCGUUCACCAUACUUCGUAAAUCACCGUGUUCGAACAAAAUAGGCACAUUCUAGAUUAAAGUUACUACAACCCCCGAUAUACGUAGACACAACAAUCUUUAAGAGCGUAUAUAAAUAUAUUGAUCAUUCACGAUUAAUAAUCCACGUGCGAGGUGUCCAUUCCUAAUAGAAGAGAAACGAAUGUUACAAGAUUCGAUAUCGUGUACCGUGUUCGAAUUUACCGGUACCCGGUAUCUGGAACUUAAAUCUCAAGAGUCCUUGAGGGGUAUAGAUUAAUUAGAUUGUAAAGCUUCAUGAUGUUACAUGGAAAAAUAGUGAAUAUUCUCUAUACAUGUAUUCUAGUUCUUUGGUCCUUAGCGAGAUACU